UCUAUCCUUGCCUUUUGAUCUUGUUGUGUUCCCUUCGUCUGAUGUUCUUUACCUCUCGCAAUUAGAACUUUGAAAAGCCGCAAAAACACCUAAUUUCACCCAAUCAACAACAGAUUCAUCGGAGGUUUUUUUUUUCAUCAUCCGUACUUACAGAUCUAAACAUUGAGGGACAAAAAUUCUUAAGAAAAAAAAACACUAAAGUUCCAUCCUUUUGACGGGAUGGCUGAUGCUGAAGUGGAGAGAAGAAUGAAGGUGAUGAGAGGUGAUACCUGGACGAUUAGUACUCGACGACGUACAUAUAGGAGGAUUGAGAGCAAAGCUGGAUCUAGUCGAUCCCAUAAGGAAUCAUACAUUCAGAAGGAGCGCUCUUACUUGCAGUUUAUCAAGAUCGAAACCAAAAACCCUCCCACUAGUAUUCCAUGCUCUUCUUCUCUGACCAGGAGGUUUUUCGACAGACCCUUGGACUCCAAGUGCUUUAACGUUGGAGCCUUGGAUCAAUUAUUUAUCCGUGAUGGCACACUUGACAAGCUUUUAUGGAAUGAUAAUUGGUCUGUUGAUGGAACCGUAUCUUUUUUCCGUUAUCCUUCUUAUAAGAAGUUGCCUUCGCGGUGGUCUCCUCUAGGUUCCUUCUUUGUCACAUCUAACUACGGCGUGGUCAGUAUUUGGGGCUCAAGAUAUUAUACGGACUUUGGCCGCCUCAUGCGUUUUAGUCACUAUCAGGUAGAAGAGUUUGAUAUUUCCCCAGGUGAGAAAUACCUAGUAACCUAUAACAGACCAGACCUAACUGACCCAAAUGGACUCUGGCUAAAGAUUUUCGAUGUGAGCACUGGGACAGGAAUCGUUGGACUAAAUAAUGGUGAUGUUGCUGACUCUCCCCAGUGGCCUGUGAUAAGAUGGGCUGGGGGUAAAGAUGAUACAUACUUCGCCACGCUUAGCAAAAACAACACUGUAUCUGUCUACGAGACCAAGAAUUUCAACCUGUUGGGCAAGGCACCACUGAACCUUGAUGAUGUUAUAGAUAUUUCUUGGUCUCCCACAGAAGCUGUGCUUGCAAUACUGUUGAAAGCCGGUGGCGAGCAGCAUGUCAAGACUCUUCUUUUACAAAUCCCCGACAAGUUGAAGCUGGCAGAGAAGGAUCUUACCGCUAUUGUUGGUGACUGCAAGAUGCACUGGCAGAGCAAUGGUGAGUACUUUGCUGUCAACACUUACGGGGGAUUUGAGUUUUUCCGCAUCAAAGAGGAAGGCAUACCCACAGAUUUUCUCAAGGUGGACAAGAGGAUCCUGGCUUUUGCGUGGGAACCUAGCGGUCACAGAUUUGCUGUGAUUUACGGAGACGAACCAACCCUAUCUGUCAGUUUCUAUUCGAUGAAGACACCUGGAAAGGUCACAGAGCUUACUACUUUGAGCAACAAGCAAGCAGAUUCCCUCUUUUGGUCGCCCAAAGGCAAUCUCGUGGUUGUUGCUGCAUUGAAAGAGGGCAAGCUUGAGUUUUUUGAUGUGGAUCGGCUUGCUCAAAUUUCCUCAGUUGCAAACGUGAAGGCCAACCAGGUUGUUUGGAAUCCAAGUGGGGAAUAUGUUGCAACGGUGUCUACGCUACCACAAGAGGAGUUUGAUAGUGAUUGGUGCAGUGAUCCAAAUGACCCUCUUGAUAGGUUUACUAUCUGGUCCUCCGGUGGAGAUUGUCUUUUUGUUCAUCAGUGUCAAAAUCGCAUAAUGCAGCUUGAUUGGCGCCCUUAAUUACGGAGGAAUCAUAGAUGAUGACAUGCUUAAGACGCAGUGAAGAAGAAUGCUUUAUUGUUUAUGCAAGUAUUUAAACUUUUUAUGUUAUUUGUCAACUUCUCUGCUAUGUUUGGUUUUGGCUUUCGUUUCCAAGAUCUCCCUAGUAACUUGUUUUUUCUUAUUUUUGUCAGCACUCCAGUAACUUGUUAUAAAGCUACUAUUUGGUCCAAUAGAGGUAGGAAGAUAAUGCCUUCGAAUGUUUAGCACAUGUACGCUGCUUUUGUUUAAGUAGUAUCUGAUUACGAUUUAAACAUGCUAUCUCAUUGUUGUUUAGCAGAGACCAGAGAGCACAUUUGUUCAACUCAUGUAGCUAGUUUUGAUUCCUAUAUUACAAAGUAAGAAGACUUGAGAUAUCAGCUGCAUUAUUAACAGUUAUAAGUUACUAUAUUUGAUCAAAAAGCCCACGUUCCUCUCCCGCCGGAGCUCAAUUGAUUGUGGCCUCGUUGCAACGUUCCCCAACGUUGAAGGAUGGCAGCUUUGAAAGGUCACGUCUUGAUCUCCAUUGACUCUGCCCUCCAUUUCUUUUUUUUUUUUUUUGAAAAAGGGCAUCUCUGUCCUCCAUUUCCCUCGUACGCAUCAAUUCGAGGCCUACAAGAGGGAAUGCGAGAUGGGUCUCUUCAAUAGCAGCUGUGAUACCUAACUUUCAUCUCCCAAUGCGCAGUCUCGAGGAUAAAAACAGGACGAACACAGAUGACAUAAGGUCUCUUAGAGUGUGAUCACAUUUUUUGGCAUUUUAUCGAACAAUUUUUUGUUAUAUAUAUUAAAUUUUUUUUUUCAUAUUUGUGUUUUUUUUAUAAUCAUAUUUAUGUAUUUAUUUGUAAUCAUAUUUGUGUUUUUCUUUGUAAUCCUAUUCAUCAAAAUAAAAUGUAUUUUGUAAAUUUUGACCCAAUGUAAAUAAAAUUCAUGUUACCUUUGAAAGCGCGGGAUUAACAUUUUGACGAUAACCUUUUUUAUUUAUCUAAAUUUUUAAUUUUAUAUAUAAUUAAUGGUUACAUGAACUAUUUUAGUUGAUAUAUUAGAUGGAUUAAGAUUUUAGGCGAGAGUUUUGACCUGCAGAAAAUAUAAUAUUAUUUUAAUUUAAAUGUUUAUAAAAUUGUCAUUUUCAGUUUAUUUUUCAUUUUUAACGUUUAGUUUUUGAUUUUAUAUCUAUAAAUAGAAAGGGAGAAUAUAUUUUAUGUUAUCAAAUAUAAUCAAAGUUUAAUCAUAUUAAAUAUAAUUUUUAAUAUUCAUAACGUUUAGUUUUUGAUCUAUUAAUUUUCACCUAUACAGCUAUUGUAAAUUUAAUUUGAUAUAUUUUUUUACUAAAUAACCUAUAUUCUUUUAAAUAAAUCUGAAAUCUUUAAGAAGGAUCAAACAAUUUGUAUUACUAUAUUUGUAUCAAAGUAGGAUAAUACAUUUAUUUAAGUCAUCUCACUUAAUUUUAGUUUUAUGCUUAAAUUUAUAAAAUUUAUAUAUUAGUUUAAUAUAGUAAAAGAAUUUGUUAAUAUAUUUGUUUAUAUAUCCAAAUUUAUUUAGUUUUUGUAUUGAAUAGAUUAUUGUCUACUUUGUGGAAGACCCGCAUCCCUCGGAAUAACACCAAUUAUUCAUGCUUAUUUCUUACAAUAAGGCAAUAAGCUAUUUCACAAGAUAGUGACAAAAAAAAAAGCUAUUUCACAAGAGUUCUAUUUUAACUGAUGAUAAAAAAAAAAGAAAUAUUCAAAAUUGUGAAUGUUUAUAAUUAUAACUGAUCAGUUAAAUAAUUAUAAUGGGCCACAUGACACGUAAGAGUCAACGCCAAGAGGGAAAACCGAAAAAGUCAAUUCCAAAAUGUUUUAUCUCCUCACUCGAGAUAAUACUGAAACGGGAAGGUUUUGUUUUUUUUUUCUCAGAGCAACUAAAAUGGCGUUUACGACCACCAACGUCGUCUCCCUUCGCUCCCCUUCACUUUACGUCAGCCCUAGAUUCCCACCACUCCACCAUCCUCGCAAUCCUCCUCUCCGUCUCUCCUUUCCCUAUACACCCUCCUUCAAUCUCUCUCUCAAAACCGCUAAAACCACCCUCUCCUCCUCCACAUCUCCAACAACACUCUCUUUCGCUAAACCCUCUCCUCAAUCUCCCUUCUCAGACUCAACCAAAUCACUCACCACCCUCGCGCUUAGAGAUCUUUGUGAUCCGUAUCUCAAUCUCUUCAGGAACAUUAUCCCUCCCGUCUUUGACACGCUUGACGUCAGCCCUUUGCUUGCUUUUGCUGUUUUGGGAACUUUGGGUUCGAUUUUCAACAAUAGUAGAUGAUUUAAUUGUUCACGUUUUUUACUACUCUGCUUAUGGAUCUUUGAUGUUUUAUAUAUUUUAUGUAGUUAUAAGCUAAUGAUAAUGUAUUGGACUCAUACGUUUCAGUAUCAAAAAUAUCUUUAUGUUC